GAUCCAAUACGGUUUGAUUGUUUGUUUCGGUUACAAUGGUGACAACUGAAAAUAGCUAAAAGAGGAGGAAUCAGAAUCAAGCAUCCGAUUCCGAUCGACAAAUAGGGUUUAGAAUCCACACACCCAAAUCGGAAGGCGAAGAAAAUGGAAGGAUGGGAUCCGAACACGAAGUCGACGUUAACGCGAAUACCGCUUCUGACGACAAAGGCGGGUCCAAGAGACGGCGCGGCAUGGACGCAGAGGCUGAAAGAGGAGUACAAGUCUCUGAUUGCGUAUACCCAAAUGAACAAGUCCAACGACAAUGACUGGUUCCGUAUCUCCGCUUCCAAUCCUGAGGGCACGCGUUGGACUGGCAAGUGUUGGUAUGUUCACAACCUUCUCAAAUACGAAUUCGAUCUCCAGUUCGAUAUCCCGAUUACCUAUCCAGCCACUGCUCCUGAGCUUGAGCUGCCUGAGAUUGACGGCAAGACUCAAAAGAUGUAUCGAGGUGGGAAGAUAUGUUUGACUGUGCAUUUCAAGCCUCUAUGGGCCAAAAACUGUCCUCGGUUUGGUAUAGCACAUGCACUUUGUUUGGGGCUCGCUCCGUGGUUAGCUGCAGAGAUUCCAAUUCUUGUGGACUCCGGCGCGAUUAAGCACAAAGAUGACGCAGCCACAUCUGCGGAAUCUUAAAUCUAUGUAACCUUUCUAUCAAUCUCAGAAAUGUUGAGGUGUUUAUCAGUAAUAGCUGAACUCAGAAAUGACUGAGGUGGAUGCGUCUACCCUAUAAAUACACUUACAUGAAACCCAAUAAAGAUUUAAGCUAUUGCAAUGUUUUUAUAUGAACACAACUUGAGAAUAAUUGGUGUUCAACUACUUUAGAGCUGUUGAAAUCAAUGACUGGUUUUGCAGGCGGUCUUACUUGAUAACAGCUCACUGAGCCGGAAAGGAAGAUAGCAUAUAUGAG